AUGUUCACUUGUGAGGAAGCCUGGACGCUCCAAGUCCGGAAAUUGGAUAGUCAAAGAAAUAUUCUUCCCGCUGAGAUGUUCCGUGGGUUUUGUGAUAGCGACGUAACAAAUAUCCUCCCCACUAAGGGUUACAAAGCGUCUGCGUCUGUGAUUUCGGCUGGAACAAACUUUGGUAACACGGUCUUUACUCGUAGCAGGCGCAAGUCACGCCGCAAGAUUCGAUUAGAAGAAUUACCCAGCAGCACUUUUCGAUAA